ACGGCGUUGGUUUUGGCGUCCAAAUCAAUCAAGUGGUUUUUAAUAUUUUAUGAUUUUUUUUUACUUAUGGACAUAUCCAAAUGGUUCUCCAACAAAAACAUGUUAAAAACCACCUUUCGUUUUUGGUCUUUUGGUGAAAACCAUGUGAAACGGCAUAAACUUGGCUAGCCGUGGUUUUUACCUUAAUGAAGUGGUUUUUAAGUUUUUAUACUUGGUUUCUACAUAAAAUACAUUUUGUAUGAGUUUCCAACACUUGGUUUUCAUUUUGGAGAACUUUGGUUUUUGACAUCGGUUUUCGGCGUUGGCUGCCAAACCAUGGUUCUGGCAAACCAUCCCAACAUGCAUGUCGGAAAUCCCAACAGCGAUGUUGGCCUUCAGAAGCCCUGGGCAAUGGCAAACAACAACACAAACAACCUCGCCCUGCGUUCCAUUCUGGAUAAAGAUAAAUUGAACGGAACAAACUUUGUUGACUGGCAACGCAAUCUCUCCAUUGUUCUCCGCAUGGAUGAGAAAGAGUAUGUGCUCGAAAAGCCCAUUCCCCCUGCCCCUCCCGCUAACGCCCCGAAAGCGGUCAAAGAUGCCUACGAGAAACACGUUAAGGAUGACAACCAGGUUAGCUGUGCCAUGCUGGCUACCAUGAUAACUGAGCUGCAAAAACAGCACGAGGACAUGAAGGCCCACGAGAUGAUCGUGGCCUUGCGGCAGCUAUACCAGGGGAAAUCCAGGCAUGAACGUUUUCUCGUGAGUAAGGCUCUCUUUAGUUGCAAGCUCUCUUCAGGGAACCCGGUCGGUCCGCACGUUCUCAAAAUGAUUGGUUACAUAACCAAUCUAGAGAAACUCAGGUUCUCCUUGCAGAAGGAGCUGGCAACACACCUGAUCCUGCAGUCGCUCCCUGAGCUGUAUAAGGGUUUUGUCAUGAACUACAUGAUGCAUGAUCUUGACAAACCCCUUCCGGAGCUUCUUAGAAUGCUCCAGACUGCAGAGGAGAACCUUACUAAGGGCAAGGGUGCUUCCGUCCUUAUGGUCCAAGGCGGAAAGGGGAAGCCGAAGAAGGGGAUUAAGAUUAAGGCUAGGACGGUCGGAAAGCCUAAAUCAAAGUCCACUUCAUCUGCGACCUAGAAACCCGUAGGAGGGAUUGCAAAGGGCAAAUGUCAUCAUUGUGGGACUAAAGCAGAGUAGACGGUUAGCUCGAGGCGAGAUUGAACUUCGAGUCGGCAAUGGUGCACCUGUUGCAGCUUUGGCAAUCGGAACUUAUAGUUUAGUCUUGCCUAGUGGUCUAAUGUUGGAAUUAAACGAUUGCUUGUACGUUCCUGCAAUUAGCAGAAACAUUAUUUCUGUUUCAUGUCUUGAUAAGAGUGGUUUCAUCAUUUCUAUUAAAGACAAGUCCCUUUCCGUUUACAGAAAAAAUGUUUUCUAUGCUA